AUGAGAAGCAACGAUCCCCCGGCUGUCAAGAGCGACCAUUUUGCUGUACUUACGAGCGGGAGGAGGCGAAGUGGUGCGCUCGGGGGAUCCGGUCCACUGGCGGCGGCUGGAGGCGGCCGACUCUUGCGAGAACCGGAUUUCGCCAGGGACAUCGACCACGCGCUGCAGACGACAACGGACCUAGUGGUGACGAAGGGCCCUCUCAACAACCAACUCUUCCCCGAUUUCAGCCGGGGCACAUUCAAAAACGAGACGGCCCACUCCGUCAUUGUUAGAAGUCGGUGA